CGACGAGCAGGUGUGCGAGCAACGUCCGGCGAGGAAGGACGGUCGCAUUGCCGGACGCUGAUUGUGAGUAGAAGGGAUUUUCUUGUACAGCACGCGAAUCGUGCGUGCGUGCGCGUACGAGGGUCCCGAAUUGCAAUUUCCCGAGGAGAUGCUCGUCGUGUUGAUCGAUUGAUUGCUAUCGAGAGCGGUUGAGGGCCGAUUGGCAUUUGGGCUCGGUGCUGGUUUGUUGGUCUCGAUGGCGGCGUCGUCGGGUUCGAUCCCUUCACCUCCUGCUUCGAUGAGUAACAAUUCUCCGGAUGCGACACCUCCUUACAGGCCUCCUUCGUUCGAAGAGAUUCAAGCGCAAGAUAUGUUCAACAAUUGUGCUGUUCGCACUGCCCUCAGCGGCGUUAUGGGUGGUGGCAUGGGAAUUUUGAUGGGUGGACUUUUCGGAGCUUUGGAGGUUCCAUUGCAUACCGAGACAAUGACAACGAAACAGCAAAUUCUAUAUCAAGCUCGGGCGAUGGGCAGCAAGAGUAAGAGUAUGGCUAAAGCGUUUGCCGUUAUGGGAGCCAUAUUUUCCGGAGUGGAAUGUGUAGUUGAGAAGGAGAGAUUGCUGAGGAUUGUAUGAUGGAGCUGACCCAAAUUGCACCGUUGUGCUGGGCUGACAACUGCAGGCACGCGCGAAACAUGAUAUGACAAAUACUACAAUCGCUGGCUGCGUGACUGGUGGAAGUUUAUCUGCCAGAGCUGGACCUCAAGCGGCAUGCUUAGGAUGUGCAGGAUUUGCCGCCUUCUCAGUCGCCAUCGAGAAACUUUUGGACCAUUGAUUAGGUUAUACUGGAGCUAAGUUUUCUGAAAGAUGAGAGGUAUAAACAAAAUAAAUAGUAGGCGGGAAAUUCUGAUAUAUUUUCUGAGGUGGUAAAUCAACAUUCAGGAAGAUGAGAUUAUUUGCCCCAUAAUUGGGAAGCUGAGAUUUGAUCAGGUUAUGGUGGUGACCUUUUGUAUACGGGAGUUAAGCUGGCUGCACCUUACAUGGUGAUGUAGUUCGUGAUGUUGACAAAAUUCGACAAAUUACUUGUUAGGAUUAAGUUCAGGCAAGAUGAGGCACUUGUGCAGUUCAGAAAAUUGGCACUCUCUGUGCCAGGGAUGUUCCGUAGCAUUUUUGCAAUUUAAUCUGGAACUCAAGGCAAUUUUGACCUAGCAUGUUUUCCUCCCAGUCAGGAAGUGGUGAAAGUCAUCCUGGCCUCUCCAGAUUGUGGCAUGCUUCCAGUGGCCAGAUGUUCACAUACUGGCACAGCUGGAAGGCUUUAGGUGAUGUAUGAAAAUUGGAGAUUUCAGUUCUCCCUUCAGCAUAAAUUCUGAGCUUUUCCACUUUCUACCAGUGCCAGAUAAAUACCAUUCAAACUCCA